AUGAAAACGGGCAGCUACAAAGGACUCCUUACUGUGACUAAGGACGGUGUGAGUGUUGGUACACGUAACUUCUACCCAAAUAUACAUAGCGAUUCCGUCGACAAGCAAUUCCCUCUAGUACAGACGGACAAAGGUAUCUACAAGGCUGGACAAACAGUUCAGUUCAGAAUUUUGGUCAUAAACGAUGAACGGAAAGUGGUACAGGAAACUUUCACCAUAGAAAUAUUCGACGCCGACUCCAACAGGGUGCGACGCUGGGCCAAUGUUACUGAUAGUGGCGGUGUUUACGUCGGUAGAAUGGAAAUGUCCAGUUAUCCCGUUCUUGGAGAAUGGACGAUAAAAGUUUCAAAUGAGAAAUUUACCAAAGCAACGUAUUUUGAUGUUGAAGAAUUCGAGCUUCCGAAGUUUUAUGUGGAGUUGGAUUUCCCACAGGAAGUUACCACGGUUUCAGAAGACUCUUUAAACGGAAAAGUUUCGGCCCUGUACACCUUUGGAAAAGGUGUGUCUGGUGACCUGGAACUAACAUUAAAGUACUCGAGCUACAGUGCAGUGAAACAGUACAAGGUCAAGGACGGAUCCGUUGAUAUAAACUUGCCAUUUACAGAACUAGCCUCAGACUUCAAAAAGUCAUAUUUUGCUCGGGACAUUUUCAAUGCCUCUCGUUAUUACACCAGCGUGCUACGGUUAACAAUUUUUGCCAAUGUCGUGGAAGAUGUUACGGGAGUGAAUAUUUCUGCAGAAUCGUUCAUAAAUGUUAGAGCAUACGACGUUGCCGUAGGACUAAAGUUUCAGCAGAAGUUUCACAUUGGACAAGACGUAGACAUUACGGGGGAGAUAACCAGAUAUUCUGGCGACCCCUACCCUGGGAUUGCAUCGGCGGAUGUUGAUGUUUGGGUUGAAAUAAGGCUCUACCUUAUCAAUCGUAAAUGGGUCAUCAUUCGCAACUCAUCACGGAUUGAUGUUAGCGAAGACAACACAUUUAGUUAUACAGUUGAAGGGAAUGAUUUACAUUCGAACGUGUCGUAUAUCUACACUCGGACUGUAGGUGACAGCGCAAGAUUUAGGAUUUCAGUGACUGGCGAAACGGUUACAGCAACGUACAAGGUUGUUUCAAACGGAUGGUAUGUUGAUGAGGGAGAAUGGUUUGACCUUUCUGAAGGUCAACCGAAGCAAAUUACUGUCACUGCAACAGAAGAGAUGAGACCAAACUUUGUCGUCAUGGCGUGGUCAGUAAAAACACGUAUAUCCUUCGACAAAAAAGAGGUAAGGCCAGGUGAUGCUGCCAAUAUUCACCUGGAAGGGAACGUUGAUUCUAACUUUUAUCUUCUAACAGUGGACAAGAGCAUUCUGAUUUUGGAUCCAGGCAAUGAUAUCACGGAGAAACUUCUGCCUUCAUUAGAUAAUGGGAAAAAUACCAUUACACUUGAUGACUCCUCAUUUAGCAACAUUCUUCGGUCGGUAUGGCUGUAUUACACCGGAAUAUCACUAAGAGAAAGAACAGUAUUUGCAUCAUCUUCGUCUAUUACAACUUCACAACCGAAAAGCAAAGACAUCCAAGAAAAAUCGGUAACACUUCGAAAGAAAUUUCCCGACACUUGGCUAUUCAACAAUGUUACGUCAGGCGCGACGGGAAUAGCUGAGUUUACUGCAACAGCUCCCGAUACAAUCACCACCUGGGUGGCCACAUGCUUUGCUAUUGAUGGAAACUCCCACCUGUCUGUAGCAUAUGCCCCUGCAGAGUUGAGGGUGUUCUUGCCCUUCUUCGUUAGUGUUCAGCUACCCUUUUCCGUCCUGCGCAAUGAGCAAGUUGUAAUACAAGCAAAUGUGUUCAACUAUCACUCGGAAGAUCUCUAUAUUCUCGUCACAUUAAAGAAAAGCGACUCAUUCAGAGGACUUGCUGUUUCAAAAAGAGGAAAGUCCAGAAAGCUAAAGGAAAAAUGUGGCGAUCUUGUUCUGUGCAUUUUGGCGAAAUCAGGUAGGGCUACCCCUGCAUUUUUCCCGAUCGUUCCCUUGGAGAUUGGUGACAUUAAAUUAACAAUUCAGGCCGACUCCGAAAUAGCCAAAGACACCGUGGUAAAAGACUUGAGAGUAGAGCCGGAAGGAGCGGAGAGAAGCGUGGCGUACCCUGUCCUGAUCGACUUGUCCCAGACAAACACGUUUGAUUACAGAUUUCAGCUCUCAUAUCCUGGAAAUGUAGUCGAAGGCUCCAAGCGAUUGAGACUUACUUUAAAUGGUGAUGUUAUGGGGCCUACAAUCGACAACCUAGAUAGGCUUGUUAGACAUCCGUAUGGCUGCGGAGAGCAAAAUAUGAUAUCUACAGCCCCGUCUGUAUUUGUUAUGGGAUACUUAACUGCUGUCGACCGGUUGGACGCUAGCCUUGAGAAACUGGCAGAAAAUUUUAUUGGAAUUGGAAUACAGCGCCAGAUGGGUUACAGACACUCGGAUUGGUCUUUCAGUGCUUGGGGCGGGUCCGGAUCUGGGAGUUCAUGGUUAACAUCAUUUGUUCUAAAAGUUUUCUCAAAGGGGACAUUUUACGUUGACGUCGAUGAACGCGUUAUAACGUUACCAAGCGCGUAUCUUCUUUCUAUCCAGAACAAAGACGGAAGUUUUCCGGAGCGUGGACAUGUUAAUAGUCGCUACAUGCAGGGCGGAUCAGUCGGAACGGUAGAAAGAAUGACUGCAUACGUAUUGAUCGCUCUGUUGGAAGCUAAGCACGCAGGAAGCAAAAUAAUCAAGUUUAGUGCUGAUCAAGAAAGUAAACUAGAAGCAGGCAUAAAAAGUGGCAUGAGAUUUCUUGAACAGAACUUAGAUAACAUUACAUCCGUUUACUCGCUCGCCAUUACAACCUAUGCACUUGGACUGGGAGAAUCUAAAUUAGCUUCCGACGCAUUAUUGCUUUUAAAGAGUAAUGCAAAGACUGCAGGAGACAUGCUCUACUGGCAAGAGACGGCGCCUGUCCCCUCAAAAUACCACUACGGGCCUUCUACAACGGCAGUGUCUAUUGAAAUGACAGCAUACGCGCUACUCUCAAUGUCAGUUUCCGGUGACAGGGUUGACGGAGCACGAGUCAACAAAUGGCUGAUUGGUCAACGUAGUCCGUACGGUGGAUUUAUUUCUACCCAGGAUACAAUGAUUGGACUAGAGGCCCUCGCUGCAUUUGGGGCACUGAUGAAGUCACCGCCUGCUGACAUGACUAUCUGGAUAUCAUACAUGGACGACCGUCAUCAUAAACGGAAAUUCCGAAUAACGCCGGAAAAUGCAAUGGUGUUGCAGACAGUUGAUCUUUCGACAGAUACCAGCGAAAUUUCCGUGCAUGCACUAGGGGAAUCGAAAGCCAUUAUUACGGUAUCCUUGUUCUACAAUAUAUUCAUGGACCUUGAAGACCAAGAUCUCCGUCUGGAGGUUGAUGUUAUAAAAGAGUCCGUUAAUGGUUUUACAGUUCGUUCUUGUGUUAGUUGGUUGGAAAAAGACAUUAGUGGCAUGGUUGUAGCUGAGAUAGGAAUUCCGUCAGGAUUCAAUGCAUUUAGAUACGGAAUAUCUGGACAUGAGCUUCUUAUGCGGACCGAAAUUCAAGAGAAAAAAGUUGUUUUGUAUUUUGAUCAGGUUACCGAAGCGAAGGUAUGUGUGGACAUAAGCAUGGUCCGAGACACCAUGGUUGCCUCAGUGAAGCCGGUUCCAUGCACAGUGUACGAAUACUACGAACCAAGUAACCAGAUGACAGUGUUUUACGCUCCUCUGAAAGCGAAGAACUCAAACAUUUGUGACGUGUGCGGAAUAGAAUGUGGCUGCGUGGGGGGAAACGACCGGAUGUGGAUGCCCAUGUGUCCGGAAAGUUUAAAAACGGGUAGCUACAGCGGGAGCCUUACUGUGACUAAGGAUGGAAUAUGGAUUGGUAGCACUACUUUCCAUGUGCUUGUAGAAGGCGAUUCCGAAGACAGACAAUACCCUCUAGUACAGACGGACAAAGGCAUCUACCAGGCUGGACAACCAGACGAUAUGCUCUACUGGGAGGAGACGGCGCCUGUCCCCUCAAAAUACCACUUUGGGCCUUCUACAACGGCAGUGUCAAUUGAAAUGACAGCGUACGCUCUUCUCGCACUUUCAAAGGCCGAUGACAAAGUGGACGGAGCACGUGUCAACAAAUGGCUUAUUGGCCAACGUAUUUCUUACGGUGGAUUCAUUUCUUCCCAGGACACAGUGAUUGGACUUGAGGCCCUCGCUGCAUUUGGGGCGCUGAUGAAGUCACCGCCUGCUGACAUGACUAUCUGGGUAUCGAAGGCCGAGCGUAAAAAUAAACUAAAAUUCCGAAUAACGCCGGAAAAUGAAAUGGUGCUGCAGACAGCUGCUAUUACCCAAGCGAAGGUUUGUGUGGACAUUAGCAUGGUCCGAGACACCAUGGUGGCCUCAGUGAAGAAGGUCCCAUGCAAAGUGUAUGAAUUCUACGAACCAAUUAACGAGAUGACAGUGUUUUAUGCUCCUCUGUAA